AUGAGUUGCAGACAGACCUCAUCUUUCUGGAGCAGCAGAAGCAGCUGUGGAGGGGGCAUCGGAGGAGGAGGCGGCAGAGGGGGCAUCGGAGGCAGCAUUCGGUCUUCUUUCAGUCGCUCCUCCAGGGCUGGUGGAGGAGGAGGCCGCUUUAGCUCUUCUGGUGGCUUUGGUGGGGGUGGCUUUUCAGUCUGUGGCAGUGGAGGCGGUGGCAGCUUUGGCUCUAGCUAUGGUGGAGGGAUUGGAGGGGGUUUUAGUACAGGGAGUUCCAGCGGUAUGUUUGGUGGAGGUUCUGGAGGUGGCUUUGGUGGAGGUUCUGGAGGUGGCUUUGGUGGAGGUUUUGAAGGUGGCUUUGGUGGUGGCUCUGGAGGUGGCUUUGGUGGUGGCUCUGGAGGUGGUGAAGGCAGUAUUCUGAACACCAAUGAGAAAGUCGUCAUGCAGAACCUCAAUUCCCGUCUGGCCUCUUACAUGGAUAAAGUACAAGAACUGGAGGAGGACAACACUACCCUGGAGAAGCAGAUCCAGGAAUGGUAUUCAAAGAAGGGGCGGAGAGUCUUUCAGAAGGACUAUUCUCAUUACUAUAGCACUAUCGAAGACCUGAAGGACAGAAUUGUGGAUCUCACCGUGAAGAAAAACAAAACACUUGUGGAGACUGACAAUACUCGCAUGACUCUGGAGGACUUCAGAGUUAAGCUUGAGAUAGAACAGAACCUGCGCCAAGGGGUGGAAGCUGAUAUUAAUGGCAUGCAGAAGCUGUUGGAUGAGCUGCGCAUGGGGAAAUCUGAUCUGGAGAUACAGCUUGAUAGUCUGGAGGAUGAGCUGAAGGCCCUUAAGAAGAACCACAAGGAGGAGAUGAGCCAGCUGACAGGCCAGAAUGAUGGAGAUGUUAAUGUGGAGAUAAAUGUUGCUCCUAGCACAGAUCUCACUCAGGUCCUCAAUGACAUGCGUGAGGAAUAUGAACACCUCAUUUCUAAGAACCGCCAGGACAUUGAACAACACUAUGAGUCCAAGAUGACCCAGAUUGAGCAGCAAGUGACAAAUAGCGGCCAAGAGAUGGAGAGCAACAUGAAGCAAGUGUCCCAGCUCCAGCACAAUAUCCAGGAGCUGAACAUUGAGCUGCAGACUCAGCUAUCCACGAAAUCAGCCCUGGAGAAGGCUUUGGAAGACACAAAGAACCGCUACUGUGGCCAGCUGCAGCAGAUCCAGGAACAGAUCAGUGAGGUGGAGGCCCAGCUUGCUGAGGUCCGGGCAGAAACUGAAUGCCAGAACCAGGAAUAUAGCACUCUGCUCAGCAUCAAGACACGGCUGGAGAAAGAAAUUGAGACUUACCGAAAGCUCCUUGAAGGCGGCCAGCAAGACUUUGAAUCUUCUGGAGCUGGACAAAUUGGCUUUGGAAGUGGCAGAGGAAGACAAAGAGGAAGUGGUGGCAGCUAUGAAGGAGGAAGUGGAGGGAGCUAUGGAGGAGGAAGUGGAGGGAGCUAUGGAGGAGGAAGUGGGGGUAGCCAUGGUGGAAAAAGUGGAGGCAGCCAUGGAGGAGGACGUAGGGGCAGCCAUGGUGGAGAAAGUGGAGGCAGCUAUGGAGGGGAAAGUGGGGGCAGCUAUGGAGGAGGAAGUGGGGGAAGCUAUGGUGGGGGAAGUGGGGGAAGCUAUGGUGGGGGAAGUGGGGGCAGCCAAGGUGGAAAAGGUGGAGGUAGUUAUGGAGGAGGAAGCAGCUCUGGGGGAGGAAGUGGAGGCAGCUAUGGUGGAGGAAGUGGAGGUAGCCAUGGUGGAAAGAGUGGGGGUAGUCAUGGAGGAGGAAGUGGGGGCAGGUAUGGAGGAGGAAGUGGGGGAAGCUAUGGUGGGGGAAGUGGGGGAAGCUAUGGUGGGGGAAGUGGGGGCAGCCAAGGUGGAAAAGGUGGAGGUAGUUAUGGAGGAGGAAGCAUCUCUGGGGGAGGAAGUGGAGGCAGCUAUGGUGGAGGAAGUGGAGGUAGCCAUGGUGGAAAGAGUGGGGGUAGCCAUGGAGGAGGAAGUGGGGGCAGCUAUGGAGGAGGAAGUGGGGGCAGCCAUGGUGGAAAAAGUGGAGGUAGCUAUGGAGGAGGUAGCAGUUCUGGAGGAGGAAGUGGAGGCAGCUAUGGAGGAGGAAGUGGUUCUGGAGGAGGAAGCGGGGGUAGCUAUGGUGGAGGAAAUAGAAGGCCAUCUCAGUCCCAGUCCUCCUCAAAAUCUGCUGACUGCGAUGAUGAGUCACAAGACCACAAGAUCCGAUACUAG